GCGGUCAUUUCUUUUCUACCACGAGGUUGACGAGGAGAAGACACAGAUGGCGACAGAGGGCGGUGGGGCCGGCUACUUUGGAAGAGAGAGAGUGAGAGUGUGUGAAAUUGAUUAGAUUAAUUAGGUUAGAUCGAGGAAGAAGAGGACGAGGGCCAAAAGGAAGGGCCAAAAAUGGGGUUCCCGCCCAUCGCUCCUCUUGAAAUCUUAUAGGGGACUGGUGAGCGAGAGAGAGAGAGAGAGAGAGGGAGAGGGAGGAGGAGGGAGAUGUGGGUGAGCUCUCAGAGCUCUGGGGCGUCGCAAGGAGAUGGACACGCCAGAUCGGAGCAAGAUCGCGGGGACGCCGCUGUCCAAGUUUGAGGAGUCACCAAUCUUUAACUUCAUCAAUAAUUUGUCUCCUAUCCAGCCCGUCAAGUCAAUAGAUUCAGUACAUAUUGCACAUACAUAUCAGUCAUUGAACUUUGCUUCUCUUUCUUCCAUAUUUAGUUCACCGCAUGCCAACCCUCCAAGGGAAACUAGGGUUUUGUCAAGGCCACCUUUCACGGACACCACUAAACAAGAGAAUUUUGCAUCCAAUGUGGGUGAAAGUAACCUAUGCUCAGAGGUUUCUGAUGCUGUUAGGCCAUCCAGAUUCACUGCCAGCACACGGGGAAAUUACACUACAUGUUCACUUAAUGAGGCUGCUCUUGAUCCAUCCGAUCAAUGUCCAAGCCUCCAUAGUCCCUUUCCUCAGUCAACACAAUACAAUUCUGGUAGUCCUGACCAUAAUAUGCCAACACACUUUGGCAUUAAGAUGGAUCCUAAUUUAGACAUAGGCCAUACGCCAGUGGAAAUUCACCUUGUUCAAAAUGGUGGAGAAAGGCGAAAAAUUUUAUUUGCUAUGGAGGCUGGGUUUCAGGGGAAUCAUCCACAUGAGUUGAACAAAGAUGAAGUGGUAGGGUGUGACUGGGAAAGUUUAAUCUCCGAUGAUGUAGAAAGUUUGUUGAUUUUCGAUUCAUCGACAGAAUCAGAGGCCCACAAUGAAGUGGGUGAGAAAGGCAUGGACUGUGAUGGAAAUUCCUUGGUUUCUGUGUUGUCAAAUUGCACAGAGAACGCUGAUCAUCAACAGGCAACACAACCUGAUAUCUCCCUUGGAGCUUUUGUCCAUAAUGUCAACCAAGAUCCUUCUCUGAAUUCUAAUGAAGAUUCUAGGAAGGAAAAUGAGACAGAUCAUGCCACAAAUUUGCUGUCAGGCACUUGCCAGGCUCAGGUUGACUGCCACCAAAAACGUGGCAUGCACAGACGCUGUUUGGUUUUUGAAGUAGCUAGUGUUUCUAAAAGGAAUAUGUACAGUGACUUGGACCUCAAUCCUUCAACUUCUUUUCCAUCCAAAGGCAAGAGAAUUUGCGAUGGCAACAACUUGGAGCCUAAAAUUAGUAGGUCACUGUGUGCUUUAUCUGGUAUUGGGUUACAUUUGAACACUCUUGCUACAACAUCAAAGGAUAGAAUGGUCAACAAAGAGACUCUUUCUACUGGGAAACAACCGAUCAGUAUCCCAUGCUCUAUUGAUCCCUUUCCAUCAACAACAGCAGAGGACAACAGUCUGAGGAAGCCCUUCUCUGCUGAAAAGGAUCUUCGUCCUAGCGGUAGUGAACUUGACCCUCAGAUUAUAUCUUAUGAUGCUCCAAAGGAUGGCAAACCAAAUAAUAGUGAGGAGCUAAAUCAAGGUAGUCCAAAAAAGAAGAGACGCAAGUCAGAAAAUGGAGGUGAAAGUGAAGGAUGCAAGCGUUGCAACUGUAAGAAGUCAAAAUGUUUGAAACUCUACUGUGAGUGCUUUGCUGCUGGAGUUUACUGUUCUGAGCCCUGUUCAUGUCAAGGAUGUUUUAACAAGCCAAUCCACGAGGAGACAGUCCUGGCUACUCGCAAACAGAUAGAAUCUCGCAAUCCACUUGCAUUUGCCCCAAAAGUAAUUCGAACAUCUGAUUCUGGUCUGGACAUGGGGGAUGAUGAUAAAAAGACUCCUGCUUCGGCACGGCAUAAAAGAGGGUGCAAUUGCAAAAAGUCAAAUUGCCUGAAGAAAUACUGUGAAUGCUAUCAGGGUGGUGUUGGAUGCUCAAUCAGCUGCAGAUGUGAAGGAUGUAAGAAUUUGUAUGGAAGAAAAGAUGGCAUUCUGCCAGGUGUUGAAGAAAUUGAACAAGUGGAGAAAGAACCUGAUGUUUGUGAGAAGGAAAAUGAAAGUUCAGAUGAUGUUCAACUUCACCAUGCCACUAAUGUUCAGGUUGAUGAGCAUCAUACCUAUGGAGAAGUUCUACCCAUAACACCUUACCAACAUUGCAGUAUAUAUAUUACUUUCAGGUUGUCUGUUGAACUGCCAUUUUCUUCAAGUGCAAAGCCCACACGACCUACUAAGCUUUCCAUUGGACGUUCUCCUGGAUUAUAUGGCUUUCACAUGCUUCAGAAGUCUGAAAUCAUUCUCCCCCAACCCAAGUUCGAAAACAAAGGCAGCACAGUUCUUGAGGAUGACACUCCAGCUAUUCUAAAACCCAUUGCAUCACCAACCAUGGGUGUAAAUAUUUCCUCCCCUAAUAGAAAGAGGGUGUCACCUCCACACAAUGGAGGAGUUGGAUCAUCACCACCAAACCGUAAAGGUUGCAGGAAACUGAUACUGAAAUCUAUCCCCUCCUUCCCUUCACUUACUGGUGAUGCAUCCACUGAGAGCCCAGUGAACUAUUCCAACAGCUGACGGAUCCUUGGUAUCAUUUCGACAGAUUAUUCUCUUUCGAUUCCAUGCUUUGUAUCUGAAAUAUUUGUAGAAUUGGCUGCCUGCCUGCCUGCAUGAGUUUGAUGUGGUCAUCGGUUUGCUGCCGCCGCAGUGGUCGUAUGAGACUCUUAACACUUUGGCAAACUCAAGCAGUCCGUCUCGGUAAAGAUAAAAUGUUUUAUUACGAGUAGUCGUGUUGAAGUAGCAGACAGCUUGUUCUACAGUAUACCUUGUAACGAGAUGUUGUUCGACAUUCCUGUAUGUUUAUUACGGAGGAUCUUUCUACAUGUCUCUACCUUGAUCCUAUGGUGUAUA